AUGAUGAAACUCACUCUCAUUGCAGGUAUUUGCAUUGUUUUAUCGACUUGCUCCUCAACCAAGCUGGUAUGCUACCUCGCCAACUGGUCCCAGUACAGACCAGGCAAUGGGCGCUUCACACCUGACAAUGUAGAUCCCUUCCUCUGCACACACGUCAUCUACACACUGGCCACCAUAAGCCCUGACCACCAGGUUAAACCCAUCGAGUGGAACGAUGAGGAUAUGUACAAAAAACUGAACAGCCUGAAGACUGUAAACCCUGCUUUGAAGACACUGCUUUCAGUUGGAGGCCUGUACAAUGGCAUCAGCCCGUUUAUUAGCGUGGUGUCCAGUCCAGCCAACCGUCAGGCCUUCAUUCGUUCUGCUCUGCUCUUCCUCCGCGCUCACGACUUCGAUGGCAUUGAUCUGGCCUGGGAGUUCCCUGGACAUAACGGCAGCCCUCUUGACGACAGGCAAAGAUUCACUGCUCUUGUACAGGAGCUGAGAAAGUCCAUUAAGCAGGAAGCCAUCGAUACCAAAAAGACCCCGCUGCUGCUUUCAGCCAAAGUCGCUGCCAUAUGGUCCACCAUAAAUAUUGCUUAUGACGUGCCAGAAAUCACAAGCGAAGUAGACUUCCUGAGCAUUAUGACCUAUGACUACCAUGGUUCAUGGGAGAAGGCUACUGGUCACAACAGCCCCCUGUUUAGGAGUUCCAAGGAUAUAGGAAACCACGUCUACCACAAUAUUAAUUAUACAGUGUCCCAUUGGAUGAGUAAAGGUGCAUCACCUAAGAAGCUGCUCUUGGGUUUGCCCACGUAUGGACGCACUUUUCUGCUCACCACCUCCGCAACAGGCCUUGGUGCACCAAGCAAUGGUCCAGCUGAUGCUGGCCCUUACACACGUGAUGCGGGUUACUGGUCAUAUUAUGAGAUCUGCACCUUCGCAGCAGCAGCAAAGGUUGAAUGGAUCAGUGAGCAGAGCGUCCCCUAUGCCGUCCAAGGAAAGUCUUGGGUAGGAUACGACAACCAAGAAAGCAUUGCUGCCAAGGUUGAGUGGCUCACCUCUAUGAACCUUGGUGGGGCAUCAGUAUGGACACUUGACCUGGAUGACUUUGGAGGACAUUUCUGUUCAGCUGGAGCCUACCCUCUGGUUAACAAUCUGCGCAACUCACUGGGUUUCCCUCCCAAGCCGACCACAACUCGUCCCCCAACUACAACCCCGGAUCCUAUUGCUUCUUUCUGCUCCGGAAAACCAGACGGCCUAUACCCUAACCCCACCGAUCAAGGCAGCUACUUUCAAUGCUUCCGUGGAAACACGUACCUGCACCAAUGCCAGCCAGGCCUGGUCUAUGUUGAUGAAUGUAAAUGCUGUAACUGGCCAUAAAAGCCCAAGGGCAGGCUAUGUUAACAAAAUCAAACACACUUUUUAAUAAAUGUGAAUGCAUCUUCAAUCUUCAAUUAUUUUGACUUUUAAUAAUUGUAUAUUGUCUCAUUUUAAUAAAAAGGUGUUCUUUACGUGGCUUUACUUAUAGUGAAGGGUAAAAAAAAGGUUACCAUUGUUUGUUUUUAUGUUUUUACUAUAUACCUAAAGUGUAUAGAUCCACUCCGAAUAAACACAAGACAUGUGUU